AUGACGCGUCGUGUAAUCACUGCUGUGGGCGGUGCGCGAUGGCGGCCAGGGCUCAGCAGCUGGUGCGUCACCAGUGAUCAGCGCCGCGAGGAAGUUUGCUUGCGGCGUUCGAGAACGUGCGUCAGUUUCCGAAAUGAGCGGUUACAUGCCGGAUGAGAUGAACAGUGCGGAAGGCGAUGAUAGCGAUCACCCGAGAGGAAUGUUUAGUGACGGCGUCAUCACCGAGCGAUGGGACAGUCGGUGCACCGUGCGAUUUGUGAAGUUGUAUGGAAUGUAUCCUUGCUUGUGGGACCAAAGGCAGCCCGAAUACAAAAACAGACAUGCGCGCGAUCAAGCCGUCCAAUCUAUUGUUGACGCAAUGGGUUUAGAGGGCUUCGAUAUCCAAGCGUGCCGAAGGAAGAUCCGAAUAAUUCGAAGCACCUACUGGAACGAGUGCGCGAAAAUUUCAAGAAGUGUUGCUCAAGGCACUCCUUACUCUCCGAAGUUGGUGUGGUUUCCUCUGGCUAAUCGAUUUCUUUCAAAAAUCUCUGGUUUAGGAGAUGUUCAGAACUGGAAAACGGAACAUGAGCAUCAAGCGCAACAACAAUCUCAACAACAGCAUCAACAGCAGCAGCAGCAACAGCAGCAGCAACAACAACAACAACAACAACAACCCCAACAUCAUCAACAACAACAUCAACAACAGCAGCAGCAGCAUCAACGUCACCAACAACAGCACCACAACUUCCUCACUCCUGACGUGCCCAGGAUUCGCGGGAUGGUGAAGCUGGAGCCCGAGGAAGCGGACCCCAUCGGGCUGGACGACGUGGACGACGUGGAGGGCGAGGACGGCGCGGACGGCGCGGACGGGGUGGACGGGGUGGACGAGGCGAGCUUCUGCUCGCCGGCCGGCGCCGAGGACGAGUUCGACGUGUUCGGGCGGAGCCGGAAAUGAAUCGCCAUGUAAAAAGAACUUUAAUUCGGAAGAACUUCAGUUCAGCUUUGAAGCUUUAACAAUUUCGUUUUCUGCGACGAAAGCGACCCUUAGUUCCUGAGAAGAAGUGCAACUCUGGUUCAGUCUCUGGAUCUCAUCGAUGUUAUUAACGCAAUAAAACUAUAGAAGUACUUUAAUUUUGUCGUAGACUAUGAAGAGAAAGAGGAAGAAUUUUGUAUUGUUUUGUAGUUCUUAAACAUACUAGUUAUGUUGUACAGUGAAAUAACAAUUAUAAUAAACUAACCUUUUUAUGCAUAUGAA